AUAACCUUUUCGCGAUCUUUCUUAUUGUACUGUUGUGUGUUUAAUCAAACAUAACCUCUCGCAAGUACAUUUUUAUAUUGAAAAAAUAAUAAAUUAAAAGAUCAUGGAAGAAGAUAUAACAACAACGGAAUAUAUGCUCCGUCCUAUGUUAUGCGAACUCAAUCAUCUUUCGAUGCCCGAUGGUUCAGCAAUGUUGAUGCAAGGUGAUACAGCGGUAAUAGCAGGCGUUUAUGGACCUGUAGAACCAAAAGCGCAAAAAAUGAUUUAUGAUAAAGCUUCAGUAGAAGUUGUUUAUAGUCCUGUAAAAGGACCAGCAAAGAUCGAUGACAGGAUGAUAGAAUUGUAUGUAAAGGAAUCAUGCGAAACUGGGAUUAUUGUAAUGCUUCAUCCGGGUACAGCUAUAUGUAUAAAUAUACAAGAAAUACAGGAUAAUGGUGGGCUCUUAGCUUGUACUAUUAAUUCCGCAUGCUUGGCCUUAAUUAAUUCAGGAAUUUCUAUGAAAUUCACUAUUGCGGCUAUCACUUGUAUGAUUGAAAAAGAUUCAGAUAACAUUAUACUUGAUCCAAAUAAUGAUCAAUUGCAGAAUGCCAAGGCAGUUUUUACUUUUACGUACGAUAGUAUAAAAAAGGAUAUUAUCUCUUGUUCCACAACGGGACGUUUCACCGAUAAAGAAUUUUUAGAAUGUUCGGAUAAAUGUAGACAAGCUAGUUCAUGCGUCUUUAAUUUUUAUCGUGACGUUGUAAAAAGGUAUGCGAAAUCAAUAUAAUAUCAAUUUUCAAUCGA